AGCGGCAGGCAUUGCUAGUCGAGCGCCUAUUGCCUAUCGGAGCUCUUCAAGAUGGCGCAGGCAAUAUUUGAGGUGCUGGAAGGCAUGGACAACCAGACAGUGCUGGCGGUCCAGUCUCUGCUGGACGGCCAAGGAGGAGUUCCUGAUCCAAACAACCAAAACGUCUCAGCGACGCCUGCCAUCCAGCCAAUGGAUGAUGAAGAUGUCUUCCUGUGUGGAAAGUGUAAAAAGCAGUUUAAUUCUCUGCCGGCCUUCAUGACGCACAAGAGGGAGCAGUGUCAGUCUGGGGCCCCCUCCCUGUCCACCGUGUCCCUGGCCUCCACCAAUGCCUACGCACCGGUCCCCUCAGUCAGCUCCGUCCCCCAAACCUCUGCUAACAGACAGGUAUCGACCUACAUCACCGUCCCUCCGUCUCCUUUGACCCACACUCUGGUCCAAGGUAACGUGCUGGUCAGCGAUGACGUUCUGAUGUCGGCCAUCUCAGCGUUCACCUCCAUCGACCAGCCCAUGGCGGCCAUGCAGACGCCUGUUCAGAGUAACCUGAGCAUGCACACAGCAGGGGUGUCCUAUCUUCAGCACCAUCAUCACCUCCAUCACCAUCAUCAUCAUCAGCAGCAGCAGCAGUCCCACCCCCUGCCAGCUGGACAGCACCCCCAGCAGCCCCUGGCCUCCCAGGUCCCAGUGAGCCACAGCAACUCGGUGGUGCAGGUUUACAGCACCAUGCCCCACAUGGCAGGAGCUGCUGCUGGGGGUGGAGGUGGGGGAGCAGCAGAGAUCCAUGCAUUAGGUCUCCCAGCUUUCCAUCCUUCUCAGGUUCCUGGACAGUGUGUGGAAGGCCAGGCGUUCAGCAGCGCUCCUGUCUACAGUCCUGGGAAGCAGGGCAGCAAAACAAAGAGCUGCAGCAACAGCAGCAGCAUGGGGGAGCUGGGCGACUUUGAAAAGGUCAUCAUACCCAAACAACCCAGGAGCAGCAAAAAGAACACAGAUGGAGCAAUAGCAGAGCACCUGAAGGGAAAAGCUCAGAAGCUGAAGUGUAAUUUCUGCGAUAAGUUUUUCUCCAAGAACUUUGACCUCCAGCAGCACAUCAGGAGCCACACAGGAGAAAAACCCUUCCAGUGUAUCGUCUGUGGACGAGCCUUCGCCCAAAAGUCCAAUGUGAAGAAACACAUGCAGACGCACAAGGUGUGGCCGAUGAGUGUGGCAAACAGAGUGACCCGACUGCCAAUCUCAGUCAAGGUGGUGCCGGUUUCGUUCAUUGAGGAGGAACGGAUCGCUGACCAGCAGAAGCAAGGCGGCGGGGAUCAGGAUGGGCCGCAGCAGACGCAAACAGAACUGGAAACGGCUCAGAGAGAGGCGCCAGGCGAGGAGGCAGCAACUGAGGCCGAACCCGAUCCAACCGCCGGCGGUGGGGACGACGUGCAGGCCGGUCAGCCUGGGAACCAGUCUGACCAGAACCAACUGUUCGAGACUCCAACCAAACAGAUGGUGGUGAUUGACAGCUCCUACCAGUGCCAGUUCUGCUCCAGCAAAUUCAAGACCUACUUCCAGCUCAAGUCUCAUCUGACCCAGCAUAAAGGCGAGCAGGUUUAUAAGUGUGUGUUAAAGAGCUGCUCCCAGACCUUCCAGAAGCUGGAUCACUUCCUGGAGCACAUCCGGACGCACCAGGAGCAGCUGACGUACCGCUGCCACCUCUGCAGCAAGGUCUUCUCCUCCCUGUUUGAGUUGGGAGUCCACCAGUACUCCCACUGCUUCUGCCCGCAGCAGAACACGCGCAAGGAGACGAGCGUCUACAGAUGUGUGAAAUGUCAGAGCAGGUAUUCAACCCAGGAAGCUCUGGAGCAACACCUGCUGACCGCCUCCCACAGCUUCCCGUGUCCACACUGUCAAAAGGUCUUCCCAUGUGAGAGGUACUUCAGACGCCACCUGCCCACUCAUGGCGUGGGAGGAAGAUUCAAGUGUCAGAUCUGCAAGAAGGCGUUCAAGACAGAGCACUACCUCAAACUGCACACUCGGAUUCACUCAGGUGAAAAACCGUACAAGUGUUCCCUCUGUGAGGCGACGUUCAACAGAAAGGACAAAGUGAAGAGGCACAUGCUCAUCCACGAGCCGUUUAAGAAGUACAAGUGUCCCUUUGGGACACAUGUGGGCUGCACCAAAGAAUUUAACAGACCAGACAAACUGAAAGCUCACAUCUUGUCUCACUCUGGUAUCAAACCCUACAAGUGUCUGUUCUGUCAGAAGGCGUUCAGCCGCAGGGCUCACAUGAUGGAGCAUCAGCAGUCCCACACAGAUAACUACAGGUUCAGGUGCUCCACCUGCAACAAAGGAUUCACCAGGCAGAGCUACUACAGAGAUCACAAAUGCCCCACAGCAGGAGAGGCCAUGGGAACAGAGGAGAGGACAGAGGAGGAAGAGGAGGGAGACGAAGCUGCAGGAGCGUCAGCGGUGGAGGAGCAGGAGGGAGAGCAAGAUGGGAGGAGAAGCAGGUUCACUGAGAAAAUAUCUCAGACUGAUGGAGAGGAAGAGGAGUGCUCUGAAGGAGAGCAGGAUGCUGGAGCAGCGAGAGGGGAGGGGGCUGAUGGAGGCUGCCAGGCCGCGGCUGAUGGACAGACCCAGAUAGAGGAGCAGGAGCAACAUGGCGGACUGGAUACAGGGAGGAACAUCCAGAACAGUUUACAGAGGCAGCUGUGUCUGUAGUUCAAACCUGCUUUAGUUUUCCUGGUCCUGCUGCUGUUUUAUGAAGGGAAACCGAUCAGAGAUGGCUGGGAAAUAACUCCAUAUGUUUUAAAUUAAAACAGUUUUAGAUGUUUUAUGGUUUUCCACAGGUUGGAUCCAGUCUGCCUACUUCCCAUUGCUGUUUACGGACUAUAAUAAAAA